UGAAAUAGUUCGAGGUAUUCGCAAGAGGUAUGAGUAUUUUCUGUAUCACUUUUGUUCUUUUGAACGCGGACUCUCUGCUAAAACGACUAUGAAGAAAAUAGUCCGGGCCUGAAACCAUUGGAAUGACUUCUACUGGAAAUGAAAUAUAAAAUAUAUUGGUUGCUAAAAUGCCAAUUGUUGUGCUGUCUGGUCUCGUUGUGGGGUACUGUGUCUGGGCAGAUUCGUUAUUCUGUUCCUGAAGAACUGCAACUGGGAGCCUUUGUUGGGAAUAUCGCAGCCGAUUUAGGUUUAGAUGUAAAGCAGCUGAAGGCUCGCAGUUUGCGGAUCGCGACCGGUCCGAGGAACCGGUAUUUCGACGUAGAUUUGGAGAAUGGGAUUUUAUUUGUGAAGGAAAGAAUCGACAGAGAACUGCUUUGUGGGUCGAAUAUCGAAUGCCGCUUAUCCCUGAACAUUGUGCUUGAAAACCCUUUGAGUCUGCACCCAGUGGAAGUGGAGAUUCUCGAUAUAAAUGACAAUGCUCCCAGAUUCGCAAAAACACAGUUUCGCCUUGAAAUUAUAGAGUUUGCAGCACCGGGAAUGCGAUUUCCUCUGGAGCCCGCAAUCGAUCCGGAUAUUGGCACUAACACCUUGCAAACCUACCAGCUGCAGCCAAUGGAAUAUUUUAGUCUGGAUGUACAAAUGCGCAGUGGGACGGGCAAGCGGCCAGUACUGUUGUUACAAAAGCCUUUGGACAGAGAAACGAUACCUAUCCAUAACUUAACACUCAUCGCCAAGGACGGCGGUCUGCCUCCGAGAUCGGGUACGGUUCAUAUUAUCGUCAUAGUGAAGGAUGGAAACGACAACGCGCCUGUUUUCUCUCAGUCGGUUUACAGGGUCAGUCUGUUGGAGUCUGCACCAAAAGGGGCCCUGAUCAUCACAUUGAACGCCACUGACCUGGACGAUGGCCUCAAUGGAGAGAUAACAUAUUCUUUCGGCAGCUAUAUUUCUGCUACUGUCCGUAACCUUUUUGAUCUGAACUCCAAAACUGGUGAAAUCAGACUCAAAGGGAACUUGGACUACGAAGAAAUCAAUGCCUUUGAGAUUAACGUACAGGCGAUAGAUAGGGGUUCUGGCGCUAUACCCGGAUACUGCGACGUAUUGGUGGAAAUUGUUGAUGUAAAUGAUAACGCGCCGGAGGUAAUUUUACGAUCUUCCUCAACUACAAUUUCGGAGGAUGAUCCACCAAGCACUGUAGUGGCUCUGUUCACUGCAGAAGACAGCGAUUCUGGACAAAAUGGUGAAGUACAAUGUAAAAUUUCAACUCACUCGCCUUUUGAGCUCGAUUCCUCUGUGAUAAACUACUACAGAAUCCUUAUACAGCAUAUGCUGGAUCGUGAAAACACCUCCAAAUAUGAUAUUACUAUAAUAUGCACGGAUAAGGGGGACCCUCCUCUCACUUCUACGAAAACCAUCCGGGUAGAGGUUUCAGAUAUAAAUGAUAACGCACCAAUAUUUUCUCGCCCGGUAUACACAGCACAUGUUAUGGAAAACAACGUUAUUGGAGCUUCCAUAUUUUCUGUAACGGCCUUCGACCCCGAUGUUGGAGAAAACUCCCGACUGAACUUUUCUAUCUUGGAGUCUGUGGUUCAAAAUACCUCAACAAUCUCCUUUGUCUCGAUUAAUUCCGCGAGUGGUGUUAUAUAUGCUCAGCGAUCUUUUGACUACGAGCAAUUGAAAAACUUCCAAAUUCGAGUGCAAGUGCGGGAUUCUGGCGCGCCAGCGCUCAGCAGUAAUGCCUCAGUGAAUGUUGUGAUCCUGGAUCAGAAUGAUAAUGCCCCAGUGAUUACACACCCUUUACCCGAAUAUGGUUCAACAGCAAUAGAAACAAUAUCCAGGUUCACAGAUCCAGGCUCCUUGAUUGUCAAGGUAUCGGCUACUGAUGCCGACUCUGGUCAGAAUGCUCGACUCUCUUAUCAUAUUUUUCAGGCCACCCAUCAUGAUCUCUUUACUAUAUCCGCAGACUCUGGCGAAAUAUGGACUAUCCGUCGGAUUUUGAGCAAGGAUGCCUCUAAUCAAAGGCUGGUGGUUGUGGUAAAAGAUAAUGGAAUUCCAUCACUCUCUGCCACUGUGACUAUAGUAUUAUCUGUGGUUGGAACUGACAGUGAAAGUUUCCCAAGUGUCAGUAGUUCGUCGCCCAAUCCGAGGUUUACUCCUGAACUGAGCCGUUCCUUGGUUAUAGGCUUGGGAAUAACAUCUAGCAUUUUUCUCAUAAUUUUAGUCAUCCUCGCCGUUAAAGUUCACAAAAACAAGAAUGGUAUGGUAUACCAGCACCACUCACUGGGUACUUGUUGUUGCCUUGAAUCAAGACAUUCUUUAAAUGGAAUUCAGAAGGCUAGUAAAAGCCUUCAGAUACCACCAAACUAUGUAGAAGUGUUUGGGGGCGACCCUCUCUCCCAAAGUUUCCGCUACGAAUCAUGUUCGACAUUGCAGUCUACUAAGAGAGAUUUCAUCUUGCCCAGCAGAUGCAGAACUUCUGCAGAAAAGAAUUUUGUGCUGAACGAAUCUAUUAGGAAAGAAAAUACUGGAACGUUGAACUCUGAAAAUUACAGUGUGCCUGAGAAACAUUAAACCAAACAGCAUUCAGAGACCAACCCAUAAACAAUACAAGUGGAAACUGCGCAGACAAGA